GUCAAAUUCGACAAUGACAGCAUCGAUUGUGACGAGUGUCGAAGCGGCGGCGCAGGUGGACGUGGACUUGCGCAUCAAGCACUCCUGGAUGCUGACGUAUCCACACAUUCCUCUCUACGUGCAUGACGUAUGGAUGGACGUUGUGCAUCGCAAGGGCAUGGAGAAAUGGCGCGUCGUACAAUGCAUGUCGAGCUCUCACAAGUCGUUCGUCCUCGUGGGCAUUCUAUCUCUACAAGCCCUAACGGCUCGUACUUCUCUACCUCGUCGCGAUGCCGAUCCCAACGACCUCGACCGCGCCACUUGGACAGCAGUGAUUUGCCAUGCCGACCAUUUCCCCUUCGACAUGCGGGAGGUUGCCCAUGUUCGUUCCUCCAUAGCUCUGUCCUGCGACCUCGAUGCCCAGCUUCCACGACACCUCGUCCUCGCCAUCACGACCCAAUCUCCUUCGAGCACCAGCUACUACACUUUACACGACAGCCUUGUUGUCUAACAAUCCACUCGACUCAUUCGUAUCUCUCUACCAUCCAUCGGUCCUCUGAAACGAAAGCUCGAACAUAUGCAGGCUCAUCAUU